CAUUUUCCUGCAUAGCCGCCCGGCAUGUUCUUGUCGAUUCUCCAAGUCCGCCGGAUAGAUCGAGUUUCUAAUAGAAAAAGUCACCAUGAGGAUCGUGGACCCGCAGGCCGCAACCCUCACCAAUAUCGAGGUGCUUGCAUUUCUGACAGAAAAUCCCCCAAGACGCCCUCCUAACCCACCACCGAAUUCGAGGAAUUGGGUUCCAAGUCCCGAUUUGAGAGAUCACAAUACUGUUGUUAAGGAGAUCCAUAACUACGUCCAGCGUCUCUCCCCUCACCUUCUCAAAUACCCACGCUACGUCCACGAGGGACUACCCCAACAAGCUGAAACCACCGACCAAGGCGCCCAGAUCCCUCCUCCACCGCCUCCUACAGAACCAACCCCUCUCGACCAUGCGCUUCGCGAGCUCAUCACACGCCUCCAGCCCUACGGUCUCACGAAGGGAGAAGUCCUCACGAUCGUGAAUCUUGGCGUCGGACUAGACGGCGCUGCUGCUUCCGGCGACCAAGAAGCACAGGCUGAAGAUGGCGCAGACGUGGCGAUGGCAGAUGGUGAUGCUGCUGGGGAAGAAGCCGGCGAAGAGGGUCUCGCAGACGAAGAUUACGGCGCGCUGGCGCUGCUAGAUACUGUGAUCGAGGAGCGCGAGGAGAGGUUAUCCAACGAGGAUGUAGCGCAGAUCCUGAAGAUUAUCAGAGAAACGUUAGGAUCGGGACGGAAGUGAACUGGUGGAGUUGAUGACGUCCAGGGAUAGAAUCAGGUCCUCGCUUCUUUUUUGUUUUCUCCUGGCCUAUUGUCACCUUUUACAUGAUCUCCUUGUUAUUUUUUGACAUUUUUCCCCCUGGUUCUUUCUUGUAUACCAGACUUCCUCUGUUUCUUUCGUUGUUCUUUCUUUUUCAUCUUUUUUCUUUUCUCUUGUCGGACUAUUCUCGAUUACAGAGAUGGUCCCGACUCCUUGUUAUUGAUGUCAAUAACUCCUUGGAUGAGGUUGAGGGGCGCUUGCCAUAUGGUCUUUUGGCAACGCAUAGCAUAGCAUGGGAUAAGGCGUUUUUGACUUUGUGGAUAAAAUGGACCAGUGUUGUGAAGACGAUCAGAAGGUUGACGGUGGCACGUGCCGCCUUUCUCAUUUCUGAAUAGCUUAAUUGGAUAGAUGCGGUAUAUUCUGCAUAAGUUACGAGAGAGUACUUGUACUACCCGAAGAAGUUGAUUAGAUAAAGAUAAGUU